UCCGGUGGGGAGGGGCUGGUUGACAAGUAGGAAGUUGCAAUAGCAUCCAGCUUCAAGGCCUCAGCAUAUCCGAAGCGAGCAAUUAGCUUAGCCAACGCUAGCCCUCGAAUUGGGUAGAGUCGCUUGAGGUGAACACAGAAAACAGGAACAAGCACGCAGCUGUAAUUCUUAUUGCAGUUUUUAAUAAUCUUUUACAGAGGACCUACUACGUAGCUAAACCAUUUAAACAGACAAAACUUUAAUGUAUGAAUUACUUUGCUUUUUAAACGGGCGUGUAAGUGCUAACGUUAGAUAGAGCUGUCUGUCACCACCCAACGUUUCGCAACAUUCUCAACAAUUAUCAAGGUCGUCUGUUAAAAGUGAUACAUUGUAUUGACACCUGCAUUAAUAUAUUACUUUAACUGCAUUUUUAUGAUGCAAUGUUGCGGUGUCUUGUAGUAAGGAGUGGGCCUAUUGCCACAGGCAGAGCAUGAGCCUCUACCGGUGUAGCCAACACCACAAGUAGCCUGCUUGCUACAAAAAUUGGAAGCCAGAAAAGGCAUCAACAUAACUCAGAAUAUGGCAUCAGAAGAGAGCUCACUACGUGCUCUGGAGAGUCUCAUGACUGAGUUCUUUCACAGCUGUACAACCAAUGAGCGCAAGAGAGAGAUUGAGGAGCUGCUGAAUAACUUUGCUCAGCAGAUGGGAGCAUGGCGCCACUGCUUGUACUUCCUCUCCAACACUCAGAACGAGUAUGUGAUGAUGUACAGCCUCACAGUAUUUGAGAAUCUUGUCAAUAAGAUGUGGCUGGGAGUAGCCUCUCAGGACAAGAUGGAGAUCCGCUGCUGCCUGCCUAAGCUGAUGCUGGCACAGCAUAAAGCAAUGCCCUUUUUCAUACGCAACAAACUCUGCAAAGUCAUCGUUGACAUUGGUCGCCAGGACUGGCCCAUGUUCUACCAUGAUUUUUUCACCAAUACCCUGCAGUUGAUCCAGUCUCCUGCAAUGGCACCCCUUGGUCUGGUUUUGCUCAAGACCACGUCUGAGGAGCUGGCAAGCCCACGGGAGGAUUUGAGCGUGGCGAGGAAAGAUGAGCUGCGCAAACUUCUGCUGGAGCAGAUUCCCACAGUGCUGGGACUAUUGACAGGCAUCCUGGAGACAGUCUGGGAUAAGCACAGUGUUACGGCCGCCACCCCCCCUCCCUCCCCAACCUCAGGAGAAAGAGCAGAGUUGCUGGGGAGUCUUCUGCAGGGCACCCAGUACUCCAAGCUGCUAUCCCAGCCCAUGCCAGCACUGGAUGGUGACAGUGAACACUUAUGCUCUCUAGCCCUGGAGUGUCUUGCACAUCUUUUCAGCUGGAUCCCCCUUUCCACCAACAUCACCCCUUCCCUUCUCGCCUCCAUCUUCCACUUUGCCCGUUUUGGCUGUGACCUGCGGGUCAAGCCCAAGACCACCCCCUCCAUCUACUCCUCGUCCAACGGCGAGCACACCCCCCCUGCCAACGGUGGAGAACGACCUGGGCAUCAGAACGGCAGCAGUGGACAAUUGGACAGGUCUCGGCUGGGAGUUCUGGCUAUGACCUGUGUCAACGAGCUGGUAUCAAAGAACUGUGUGCCGCUUGAGUUUGAGGAGUACCUGCUCAGAAUGUUCCAGCAGACCUUCUUCCUGUUACAGAGGUUAACGAGAGAAAACAACGCGCACACAGUCAAGGGUCGGCUGCAGGACCUGGAUGAGAGUUAUGUUGAGAAGUUCACAGACUUUCUUCGCCUGUUUGUCAGCGUGCACCUUCGGCGGAUCGAGUCCAACGAUCAGUUUCCAGUGGUGGAGUUUUUAGCCCUGCUUUUCAAGUAUACCUUCAAUCAGCCCACUCAUGAAGGGUAUUUUGCCUGUUUGGACAUCUGGAGUAUAUUCUUGGAUUAUUUAACCACUAAAAUCAAAAGUAGGCUGGCGGACCGAGACAGUGUGCUUAACAGAUAUAAAGAUGCUUUAGUGCUGCUCUUAACUGAGGUUCUCAACCGAAUCCAGUUCCGAUAUAACCAGUCCCAAUUGGAAGAGCUGGAUGACGAGACACUGGAUGAUGAUCAACAGACAGAAUGGCAGCGGUACUUGCGGCAGAGUCUAGAGGUAGUUGCCAAGGUGAUGGAACUGCUACCCUCCCAUGCUUUCUCCACGCUGUUCCCGGUACUUCAAGAAGAUUUAGAUGUGUACCUAGGUUUGCAGCAGUUCAUCGUCACUUCAAGAACAUGCCGGAGACUAAACAUCACAGCGGAAAACGAUUGCCGGAGGCUGCACUGCGCUCUCAGGGACCUCAGCUCCCUACUCCAAGCUGUCGGAAGGCUAGCUGAAUAUUUUAUUGGAGAUGUCUUUGCAGCACGCUUCAACGACGCACUAGCAGUGGUGGAGAGGUUGGUGGAUGUCACAUGCUACGGUUCUCAGAUCAGUCUGUAUGACCUGGAGACGGCCGUGCCCUCAGUGCUCAAGCCUGACCUUAUAGACGUUCAUGCCCAGUCCUUGGCAGCAUUGCAAGCCUACUCCCACUGGCUGGCCCAAUUCUACAGCGAGGUUCAGAGGCAGAACCAGAGCCGCUUUAUCAGCCUAGUCACAUCCACCAUGGACGCCACUGCACCACUAAUCACCGCCAAGAUACCUGAAAAGUUGCUUCUGUCUGCAUGCCAUCUCAUGGUGUCCAUGGCGACCACCGUGCGGCCGGUUUUCCUGGUCACGUUACCGGCAGUGCGAAAUGUCUUCAAUUUUAUCAUCGAGAACCAGACUCGCCGGCUCCCACAAGAGGCCCACAUGCUAGUGUGCCGAGCUCUAUCCAACAUGCUACUGCUGCCAUGGCCUAACCUGCCCGAAAGUGAGCAGCAGUGGCAAACCCGCUCCAGUAGCCACGCCAGCCUGUUGGCUGCCCUAACACGCCACUACUGCCUGCUAAGGAGUCCUGCCAACCAGCCGCCACGCCGCCUCGGCCUGGAUGACACAAAAGCAAUGCUGCACCAAACACUGCCUGUGCUAAGGGACAUAGUGGACAGCAUCUCUGCAGAAUCUACUAAAUCCCGACAGAUAUGCUACCAGAGUCUUCAGGAGUCUGUGCAAGUGUCCUUGGGUCUCUUUCCUGUCUUCAUCCAUCAGCCAGAUGUGACGGACGAGAUGUUAAGUUUCUUCCUUACGCUGUUUCAAGGCCUGCGUGUUCAGAUGGGCGUUCCUUUUACAGGACAAAUCAUACACACCUUCCUCAGCAUGUUCACCAGGGAGCAACUGGCAGCCAGUAUUUUGCAGGAGGGCAGCGCGGGCUGCCGAGUGGUGGAGAAGUUCCUUAAGAUUCUCCAGGUGGUGGUUCAGGAGCCCGGCCAGGCAUUCAAACCCUUCCUACCCAGCAUUCUCUCUCUCUGCAUGGAGCAGGUGUACCCUAUAUUGGCUGAGCGUUCCUCCCCAGACGUCAAGGCUGAGAUGUUUGAGCUCCUCUACCAGGUGCUUCACCACAACUGGAGGUAUUUCUUCAAAACCUCUGUCCUGGCUAGUGUGCAGAGGGGAUCAGCUGAGGAUGCCAUGGAGAAUGAGGCCCAGUUCAGUGCUGCCAUGCAGGCAUUUGGACAGUCUUUCCUGCAGCCAGACAUUCACAUCUUCAAGCAGAACCUUAGUUACCUGGAGUCCCUCAACAGCAAGCACAAGCUCUACCACAGAAAGCUCUUCCGGACCUCCAUGCUGUUUCACUUCAUCAACGUGCUCCUGCAGGUUCUCCUCCACAAAAGCCACGACCUGCUCCAAGAGGAGAUUGCCCUAGCUGUCUACAACAUGGCCUCAGUGGAUUUUGAUGCCUUUUACUCUGCCUUCAUGCCUGAGUUCCUCAAUGGCUGUCAUGGCGUGGACUCCAACCAGAGGACGGUGCUUUGCCGCAACUUCAAAUUGGAGCGGGACUUGCCGUCUUUCACUCAGAGUGUCCACAGACUGGUAAACGACCUGCGCUAUUACAGAUUGUGUAACAGCAGCCUUCCCACUGGCACCGUCAAGCUAUAGCAUAUUGCUCAUGGACCCACUCCACUCAGCUCAGAUCUACAACAUGGGUGUCCAAGACAGUGAUGCCUGCCCCCCCUUCUAGCUACCCCCUUCUGAGUCACCACCUCUAUUGAACCUUUCCAGGGGGAUAGGAACUCCACAUGGUCUGGCCUGUUCUUUUGCUUGGGAGGCGUGUUCGGUUGGAGAUUCUCAGAGAAAAGAACCAGCAGGUGGUCGCGUUCCAGGAGUUUAAUUUCUGCUGUAGAGGGUUGACGUUUUGAGUUUUUAGCAGUGCCCUCUUUUACUUGUCUGUUGCCAUUCAGGAUGACAAGGCCAAAUUGAUGGGCGGCUAGAUCAGUGUGACCUGGUCUUGUCUAGAAAACAAUUUAAAUCCAGACAGAAGCGGUCUGAGCCAGGCCUUCCGACCCAGGCCUCUGUGACAGGGUCAGGCUGGGACACAGCACUUUCCAACUCGAUUAAGAGUUUUUAAAAGCUAACGUCCGCUUUUAUUGAUUUUGCCUUCUGUUUUUCAUCUCCAAAGGAGAAAGACUUUCAACCUAAUUUCUUUCAUAUCAUUCCAUUCUGAAACAGAAGAAACUAUGCUUGAUUAAUAAAGAUUUUUUAAAUACAAAA